GGCGUGGAGAAAAUACGCAAAACAGAGAGAAAAGGGAGAACCAGGGAGUCGGUGUUGCGCGCCAUUGAAAUGCAAAUAUCACCGAGGAACAAGGAGAGGUUGUGUGUGCGUGUGUGUGUGUGGUGUGUGUGUGUGUGCAGGUUAUUAUGCGUGCCUGCGUAUGUGUAUGCAAGGGGGGUGGGGGGCUGGCGCAAAUUGGGCAAGUUUGGCGAGCGAGAGAGGCGACUUUAGAAAAACAGCCACACACGAACUCACAGCAGCCUCAUAUGACACGGUCCAUUUAUACGGAUUUCUAUUUCAAUCCCUGUUUGCUUUACUUCAUCAAGGUACGAUUCCGUUAUCUUGAUGAGUAUCUGACUUUAAGAUUUUCCGGAAAUUGGAGUUUUGACCGAUUCUGAAACGCGAAGUCUACAAGUGCGUAAAGUGGCCAGUGUUAUUUAAUCGGCUGAUGCCCCCCUUUCUUUCCGUAUCCUCGUGAAUCAUGUCACGCCGGAAGCAGAAACGACCACAGCAGCUCGUUAACUCGGACCCGGGGGGCACGCGGUUACUAUUGCACGACGACCAGCUGUCCGCAAAGUCACCGUCCACAUCUCUGGGCUCCGAGUUGACCUUCUCUGGUUCUUCCUCUUCCUCCCCCACCUCCCUGGAGGACAGACAGCGCCCCCUGGCCCCUCGGCAGUCCCCUGGGGGUCUCCAUGCACCCUCCCUUCCUAGCGAGAGCUCGUCUCCCCCUCACUGGCCCAGCCACGUCGCGUCCUACACCACCUCCCUGCCCAACACGCACUCAUCCCUCUCUCCAGACUUCCCACACCCCUCUUUAUCCUCCCAGGCCCACUCCCUGCCGCUCAAUCUCGUUCAGACAUCCGGCCUGACCCUUUCCCAACAGGCCCACUCCACUAUGACCUCGCCACAGAUGGGCAGCUCUGCCACCACCACUACCUCCUUCUCCUCAUCCUCCCUCCCUUCCCACCGAGAGAGCGCCAGCCCCGGGCAUCAGAACGGCUCCAGCCCUCCGGCGCCGGGGCUCGGCCAGAUCCAGGUGCCCCCGACCCUGGCUGUUCUCCUGGAGGAGCUCCGAGUGCUACAGCAGAGGCAGAUCCACCAGAUGCAGAUGACGGAGGAGAUCUGUAGGCACGUCCUGCGGCUGGGAGGCACCAUCUACACCCGAGGCACCUCACAGCCCAGUGGCGGGGAGAACCCUCAGACAUCCACCACCAGAUCCCCCUCCCCACCUCACCACACCUCCGCUGCCCCGGUUCCAGCCUCUUCCUCAUCCACUCUCCUCUCCUGCCUCCCAUCUCGCCUUCCCCAGCCGACUGUGUCUAAACCUGGCCUUUCUCACAGCAACGGGAGCAGAGCGCCACAGUCCUCCACCUCUGUGACGUCCUCCUCCUACUACUCCUCGCUGAGCUCCGCCACGGCCUCCUCCAUGCACCCUCUGUCCCUGGGGCUCCCCCAGCGCUACCUCCACGAGAAGUCCUCCAACACCUCCCCCUUCGGCCACAGCAACGGGGGCAGCUUCCCCGCACCCCCGCUCCCCGCCCCCAGCCACUCGCAGGACCUCCUCCUGCAGUCCGGCUCCUCCUCGGCUGGGUCGUCUGCGGGACGCUCCCAGCACGCCUGCAAGUUCUGCGGGAAGGUUCUGAGCAGUGACUCGUCGCUGCAGAUCCACCUGCGCUCCCACACAGGCGAGAGGCCGUACCACUGCCCCGUGUGCCUGAGUCGCUUCACAACCCGUGGGAACCUCAAGGCCCACUUCCUGCGCCACCGCGAGCAGAACCCGGAGCUAUCGCUCUCGCUCCUCCCCCCGGCGCUGGAGCAGCCGAGCCCUGGCCCCGCCAGCGCCACUAGCCAGAGACGCAGGAAGCGGCGAGCCGAUGACGAGGAGCUGCCGUUCGGGGGCGUGAAAGGGAUGACCGAGGGGAUGGCGCUCGGGUUUCUCCCGGGGGGAUCUUCUCGCCCAUCCUCUUCCUCCGUACCGAUGCCGCCCAGCAUGGACAUGGCACUGUUGUCCACGGCCCACUCCCUCCUGCAGCUGAACCGAGCCUCCGCUUCAGCCAGUGCCGGGGGGAGCGCGCUGCCUUCGUCCUCCUCCUCUUCCUCCAUGGCCGGCCAGUUCAAAGGGGCAAAACAGCAACGGUUUGACGAGAACACGCCGCCGCACUCCGCCCUCCACCCCUACCCCCAGCUGGCCCACUUUCCCAAGAUCCUCUUCCCCGGAGGACCGUCGCCCCACCACCUCGCCCUUCUCCACCCCCCGGGGACCCACCCCUCCGUCUCCCAUCUCACCUCCCCCCACACCCAGCUCCCCUUCCCAUUCCCCCCCUACCCCAAACCCCCUACCUCCUCAUCCUCCUCAUCCACCACCUCCUUCGCCCAGUCAUCUGACACCUCCAAGUUGCAGCGGCUGGUUCUGAAACUGGAGAAGCAGCCCCAGGGAGGGAUGCAGGCGGCCUCCCGUGGCCCUGGAGAUGGCUCCUCCAACGGGGACGCCCGAGGCCAGGACCUCACCACCGGCUCUAACGCCUACCGCAGAGAGAUGAUGGCAGCCCUGGGCCUCAGUCCGAACCCAGACUCUGGGGUGGGCAGCCAGGGUCAGGCUCUUUCUGGAUCCACCGAUACCUCCCUGGUCCCCAACCAGUGUGGCGUGUGCCUGAGGGUUCUCUCAUGCCCCAGGGCCCUGCAUCUCCACCAGGCCACCCACCUGGGUGAGCGCCCCUUCCCCUGCAAGCUAUGUGGACGCAACUUCUCCACCAAGGGAAGCCUGAGAGCCCACUUAGCCACCCACCGUGCACGUCCGCCCAACUCGCGCACGCAGAACUCCUGCCCUCUCUGUCCACGCAAGUUCACCAACGCCCUGGUUCUGCAGCACCACAUCCGCUUGCACCUCGGGGGCCAGAUACCCCCAGGAGGAGACGGGGAGGAAGGCACAGAUGGGCUCCAGGAAGAGGCCGCCGACAUGGGCCAAGCGACCACCGCGUCUCUAUCCAAACCUUCCAGCCUCCAAGUACUCCAUCCCCUGGCCUUAACAAUGACCAUGUCUAACCCCGGCCCGCUGCUCAGCGUCUUGGACUCGGGGAGUCCGGUGGUGGAGCGAUCCCAGGCAGCUGACCCAAGUCCAGUGACGGAAGGGGAGUCGGAACCGUCGCCGUCCACGGCCAGCAUUAGCCCACCUCUGACCCAUAACACGUUUUCAGAAGACCCCAUGCUCCUGGAGGAGCCACUGGAGACAGGCGAGGGUCCGUCUGGAGCCUUUGUGGAGUCUCACAACUCCCCAGCCAACCUCUCUAAUUUCAGCCCAAGUAGGCUACACAAGGUAGUCUUGGAGGUCAAUGGCGAGGAGGAGGAACAGGAGGAGGAGGAGGAAAACAUCCCUCUUGCUCUCUGUGUCCCCAGGCCAGGUCUGGAGACUGGUGGUAGUAUAUACAGAGGAAUCACCCACAGCUAUGGGCCGCCCGUCGAGGACCAAGCCAACUCUCCGGGUGGACUCAUCCCCAACCUUGACUCCCUCGCCACCCUCAACCCCUCGCCCACUCUCACCCCUCCAAUCAGCCCUAAAACAACCCCGGAGCCGCCCCCCCAGGCCUCCUGUGUCACCCCGGUGGAGCCCUCAAGUCGUGCCCGGGAUGCGGACCCACAUGGGGGGGAGAGCGAGAGCACAGCGUCAAUAGACCCCUCUCCGGGGGUCGUGUCAGAGAGAGAGUCCAUAACCUCCACGGAGGAGAGGGACGGAUCUCCCGAAAAACCAGAAGCCAUUCAUCCAGCCAUCCCGGCCUCGACGCCCUACAAACCCUAUAGCUGCCUCCUGUGUGGAAAGGCUUAUGCUAGCCGCAGUGGAUUAAAGGGACAUAUGAAAACCCACCCUGUGUUGACCAACAUGCCCACCGUAACUCCUCCCAUCGCCACCCUGACCAAUGAAAAUGACACUACGGAGGAUCGGAUUUUGGUUUCAACCAACGGGAACACCGGAGAGGAGGUUGGAAAGGAACGAUUGGGCAAAUCGCCUGUGAAACCUGGUACCACUGAAGAUCAGCCAAUCACUGCUGGUUCUAGGGAGGAAGGAGGUGACCCAGAGGCUGCUGACUAAGAAGGCAUGGGAUUGGCUUCUGAAUGGCGUCAGUCCUUUUGUUAAAGGCCCUGACAUGGGAAUGUAUUUUCUUCAUUGAAUUAGAAUUGAUUCUAGGAUGAGUCGUUCUAUUUCUAUGUCUAAUUGUAAUAGUCAGUUUGGUCUAGUUUGUCUAUAUUAGAACGCACAAUUUAAAGUAGCCAAGUAGUGAUUCAGUAGGAAUCUCAAAGGACACGACGAGGCCUUACUGACAACAUGUCACAGAAUACUCUUUUACUGUAAUGGCUCACAAUGAAGUCUGUGUGUUCGAUCAUAAUUGAGUAGAAAAGCAGGUAUAUAUGUUUUAGAGUGCAGCUAGUAUUAGUCAAUCACAAAUUCCCAUUUUAAUUCUAAAAUGGGGAUGAAGUGAAAAGGAAGGUGCAUCUACUGAAAUAUCACUCUUUAUGAACAAUGGUAUGAACUCCCUACCAAAACAGGCCGGGUUAGUAGCGGCCAUUUCCUUGUACAUAGCAACUAUGUUUACUAUUUGUAUGAUUUUUACUGACUUUGUACUUUUUAAACCGUCUUGCUGCUGUACUGAUAUUUCAAUGGAGUUGCACUGACUGUAGACAUUGCUGUUCAUACAUUCAUUGAAACAGCGACCACACUGAUGAUGAUGUUGAUUGUGUUACACUGACCGGUCCAUGUAAUGUAUUUUGUCAAGCCUGGUCUCUUCCGUUAUGAGUGACCUUACAAGCUGCGACCCGAGACACGAACGGCCACGACCUAGAUCAGCAUUGUAAUCGGUUUAUCCUAUUGAUUUGAAACCUCUGCACACGGACAUAUUGAAGCCUGACAUCCAAACAGAUGGUUCUGUGUUAUACUGUUGUGAAGUCUGGGUGCCAGGCUGGUAUUGAAGUAAAAACUGGAGAAUGUGACAUCCAACCCUCCGAAGGACCCAGAUGAACUACAAUAUGCCUGAUAGAUGACCUCGUCCCUCUGUGCCUUGUCUCAUUCUUUCUGGUUCUGUUGUUCUGUAUCCCUCCUCGUCCCUAGUUCACUCGACCUCCUUCGUCUUCUCCACUGGUCUCUCUUUCUCUUCCCUCUCCUCUCUCAAAGCACUUGAGAGUUCAACUUUUCUGCCCUGCAGAAAUUGUCUGCACUGAAUCCUACAUGAAAUUAGUUUAGUUUUUUUCAAAUAAGUUGUUUUGGGGGGGGAGGCUUCGUGUGUUUUUUUUCCCAACCAUUGUUUUUGUAGGUAUGAUAAUAACGUGUAUAAUUUUUGUAUGUCAAAAACAGAAAAUAAAAUCACGGUG